GGCACAGCUUUUAACUAUCGACAGUCGAUAGCAGGCUAUCUGGUGCAGCUGAGAACAAAAAUCGAUUUUUGAACUAGUUCAUGGUGGCCAUGAUUGUGACAGCCGGCCGGUCGCUUGUACGGAACGUUUUUUAUCGCACCUUUGCUACAACGAACGCUAAAAUGGCGAGCGAAGUAGACAAGGCGCAGCACGCAGCGCCCUCUGAAGACACUAUCUUUGGCAAAAUUCUACGCAAGGAAAUUCCAUGCAAGUUUAUCUAUGAAGAUGACAAGUGUGUUGCAUUUAACGAUGUGGCACCACAAGCUCCGACUCACUUUUUGGUCAUACCAAAAAAACCGAUAGCGCAGCUCUCGCUGGCCGAGGAUGGGGAUGCCGAGCUAUUGGGACAUUUGAUGCUGGUUGGACGUAAGGUUGCCAAGGAAGUAGGCCUCGAGAAGGGUUACCGCGUGGUCAUUAACAAUGGCCAGCAUGGCGCCCAGUCUGUCUACCAUUUGCAUUUGCAUUUCCUUGGCGGUCGCCAAAUGCAGUGGCCACCCGGCUAAGGCGCCAGCAACCAGGAUUUGUUACCCAAUGAAACUAGAAUCUUGUAAAGAUUAAUGAAUAAAAUAAAUAACAAUGAUAUAAUAAUAUAAGUAAUUAUAAAA